GCCUAUUGUAAAUUAAGUAUUAAACAUUGAAUAUGGCUGCAUUGACAAUUCUAUUUUUCCAAUUCAAAUUAAACAUACUUGUAUUCUAUCACAUUUGUUAUUAAUACUUCUUAAGCAUAAUAUUUGUUUGAAAUUAAUGUUUAUAACCUUCCUGUUUUUAUUAUUAUUAGUUUCUCCCAUAUGUGUGGUUGUUAAUUCCUACUUCAACAACCUUUUGAAAAUGCAUACUAUUUGCAUUAACUAUAAAUAUAGUACUUGAUAAUAUUUGGUUCUAGAUCCUGACCUAAUUUUGAUAAUACAUAACAAGUAGUGAGUCUGUGACGUAAUAUACUUUAAACAAGAUGUCAGAUGAAAAGGAGAUAUUUCAUUAUCAUCCUGAAGUCAAUUGAACUUAAAUUCAUAGAAAAGUUGGUAAUCGAAGAAGAGAGUCCAAGAAAUCCUAAAUUCAUUGAUUCGCCAAGACAAGAAUUUUUGUGUUCUCAUGGAAGUAUCUGCAUUCGUUUGAGCCAAUGUCACAUCAUCUCGCAGCUUGUGAAGCAAUCCUGCGUUCAAAUCGAUAAGUUAAGGGGUCUAACUUGUGGAUCUCAAGGUUCCGAGCUUUUAGUGUGCUGUCCACAGACUUGUUCACCACCACCAACAAGCAUCCAGAAGGAAGAAUGUGGAAGACCACGAAUUUCUCACUUGUGGUCCACCAGUUAUUCUGCAAUUGGUAUUCAUCCAUGGGUUGUUCGUGUCGGUUUCAGAAACAAACUGACUAAAUCUAUUGACUACCUAUGCUGUGGGUCUAUCAUUAACAAACAAACAAUUUUAACAGCAGCUCAUUGUGCUUUAGCAAAGACAGCAACACAUAAAAUUGUUUCAGUGAAAGUUGGGGAAUAUGAUUGUAAUCAAGAUCCAGACUGUGCUUAUGGAUAUUGUGCUCCUAAUGCUGAAGAUAUUCCCCUUAAUUACAUAAUUGUUCAUCCUAACUAUGACUCGAAAACCUUCACGGAUAAUAUUGCUCUACUUGUUCUAAAAUAUCCAAUGAAUUACACAGAGAGUGUUCAGCCAAUCUGUCUCUACUCAACAAACAAAGACUACAUCUAUGUUGGUCAUAGAGCACAGCUUGUAGGUUGGGGAAAACUGGCCGGUCAAGUUAAUUCUCUACCUGUACAGCAACAGCUUCAGCUUCCUAUUUCAGCCAUUGAGAGAUGUGCUUUGCUUUAUGGAGCUUCUGUCCCCAUCACUGGGAAACACCUCUGUGUUGGAGGUGAAACUGGGAAGGAUGCAUGUUCAGGAUUCGGUGGUGCACCUUUAAUAUUUUUAGACCCUCGUACACACUCCCGAUACUAUCAGAUCGGUCUUCUAUCCUUUGGUUCAGAUAGAUGUGGAGAAGAAGGGAUUCCAAGUGUUUAUACUAGGGUGGAUAAAUAUAUUGACUGGAUUAAUCUAAAUGCCCCAAAAGUUUGAAAUCUUGAUGAUAAAUGCUUGUUUUUAUUGUAAUAAAUGUAAAUAAAUAUUUUAAUAUUUUGAUUAUAA